AUGCGCUCGUGCCCAAACCUCAAGCACCCGCGCCUGCACAAGAAAGCUCUGCUUCCUCUAAUGUCAUGGCGCCUUUUUGAAUUCCGCGCAGACGUGUUGAGCUCAGUCGGCGCGUUCUUCGCGCGCGAGAAGUCCGAGGCCCUGGGGCCCGUCAUGGAUGGCCGAAUCCCCUCGCAGUUGUUUGGCGUGCUGCCGAUGGCGAAGUUGGCGACUGGGGCAGCUUUCUCGCGGUUCAGAGUUGACGGCGAGGCCCCGGCGCGCGCCGCUGGCGUUGAUGUCGCGGAUGCGUUUGACCCCGCGUUGCCGCAACCGUUGCUCCCAUGGUAUUUUGGCCACUCCAAGAUCAGAGCGGGCGACUUGGGGGUCUCGGUCUCAGCUGCCAGGCAGCAGCGCGCGCAGUUAGGCCCCCCUGCCCACUGGAUUCAGAGCGGGUCUGGGGGCGACGCCUUCGGCUGGGCAUUCGACUCCGACGCGCCCGCGACCCCCUCAACCCUCGGCUCCUGUGGCAACUGCGCCUCGGUCACCAGGCGGGACUCCCCCGCUGCCCCGACGGCGGCUAAGACAGGCGCCUCGACUUUCUUGGAGACGGGGGCCGCGGGGGAGGCGACCCGCCGGGACUGCGAGGCCCGCGCCUUGGGGUCCGGGGCCUGGGCCGUCUCGGCGGAGCCCCCGAACGACGGCGCGAGCGAGAGGAGCGCGGCCCUGGCGGCCUUCUUCAACGAGAUCUUCGUCGACGGAUACCCGAGCGAGGAGGCCCCGCGCGCGCGGUCGUUGGCCGACCUGAUCCUGAGCUCGGGCCCCGAUGGCGGCGUCGACAGGGAGCUGGAGGCCAUGGAGCUGGAGCUCCAGAGGCACAUGGAGCAGUACCGCCAGCAGCGCGACGGCGGCGCCGCCGCCCCGCCCGAGCACCCCAGGCCGGCGCCCCGCCGCGGGUCCGCGGAGCCCGCCGGUGCCCGCGGUGCCGCCCAGCUGCCCAGCGGCGCGGCCGCGGCGGAUCCCGAGGCGGCGGCCGGCGAGCUGCGAGAGAUGCAGGCGGCCGCGGAGUUGCUGGAGCAGGCCUUCCCGGAUGCGCCGGUGGCCGAAGUUGGUGGCGAAGUUGCCGGGGUUGGCGAGGCCGCGGCGGGGAGUACUGGCGGCCCGUGGCGGACGACGGCCCCGGCGAGGCUGGCGUCGCCCGGCGCCGCCCCGGCGGAGGAGCUACCGCCCGCGGAGGACGGGCGGCCCGCGGAGGCGGCCCCCGACCCAGCGGUGGCCGAGAUGCAGAGCGCGCUCGACGCGCUGGACGUCAAGCUGCGGGCGCUGCAGGGCCGGCAGGCGCUGAGGCUGCCAGCGGAGCUCGCGAAGGAGGCGGACGAGCUGGAGCUGCCAGCCGUUGCCGAGGGCUCCUCCGCCAUCGCCCGGCUGCAGGCGCAGAAUCGCCACCUGCGCGAUCGCCUCCAGGGCAGCGCCAAGGGCCUCCUCAGCAUCGACCGCUCCCUCUUCGGCGGUGUGGACCCCGCCAAGGCGCGGAAACCCGAGGAGUGAGUGGGGUCCCCGCCGCCGGCAGGGCCCCCCGACCGGUUGUGGGGCACGGGCGCCCGCUUCGACACCUCCCCGGUUCCGGCGGCGUUCGGCCACUGGUGGUUCGCCCCUGCUCCUCCCUUCCCCCUUCUCCUCGCUCCCCCUCGCUCCCUUCCUCCUCCGUCCUCCCUGGCCUUGCCGCCUUCCGCGGGCCGCCCCGUUGCUCCGCGCAGGGCCGGCCGCGUAGGGCGAAGGAGCUCUGUACCGACAGCGGCGGCCGGCCGCAGA